AUGACGUCACAUGUACACAAAAGAAACUCAAUUUAUCUUCCUCUCUCUCUUGUUUUAAUCAUCCUUCAUCCUCUUUCUUUUUACCUUUCUCUCUCUCUCUCUUUAAUUCUCUCUCUCUCUUGUUCUCCUCUCCUUCUUUCAUGGUUUUUUAUGUUUCUCGCCAUCAUCAUGAUGAUUUUUCUUCUUCUCAAUGAUAAUCUCUCUUUAUCGUUUUAAUUAGAAUUUACUUAGAAUCCAUUGAUUUUUAUAUUCUUUUUUAUAUAAUAUCUCUUUGAAUUCUUCAUGUUUCGUUUUGCUUUUUUAUUUUUUACACUACACUUUCUUCCUUCAUCACCACCAACAACAUCAUCUUCAUCUCUCAUGUAACUUCCUAAGUGACAAUAUUCCAAAUUCUUCUACUGUUAUUGUUUCCUAAUAUUCUUCCAUUCUCAACAUCCAUCAUCAUCUAAUUCUUUCUUUCUUUUUAAUCAACUUGUUUUACAUUCUUUUUAUUGGGGGAUAAUUGUGCUGUGAGUUCAUUUAAUAUUUAUAAACUUAAACACAGGUUAUUUUUCUGUCAAUUCCUGUGGUGUGUAAUUUUUUCUUCUUCAACAUCUCUUCAUCUUCUUCUUCUUCUUCUUCUUCUUCUUCUUCUGCCUUCUUUUACUUUUACACAUAUACAUUAAAUUGUUGUAACAUUGUUUCAACUACAACCGCCGCCAUGUCCAAUGUAAGAGCAGAAAUACUUGCUGCAAGUCGAUCUCGGACUGGUUGGCAAAGGCAAGUUUCAUAUCCAAACAAUCAAACCAAAUCAAAGCCCAUAAUUGAUUCGUUGAGGAUGUCAUUUGAGGAAAAGGUAUCUCCAAGCUGUGAAACAGGUAACCUUAAAGGUGACUAUAGUAAUGGAAAGGAUAACCAUCAAGGAGAUAAUAAUAAAAGUUGCUCUCUAAAGAAAAGGCGAAUGGGUGCCAAAGUUAGUGCCAUUGCUAUUAUUUUCCAAUCAUUAACACCGCCGCCACCACCACCAAGAAAAACUCUGGGACAAACAACUCUUGUGUCAAACAACAAUAACAUCAAUGGUUCCAACAAUCCAACUAAUCCUUCAAAUAACAAUAAUAAUAAUAACAACCAUGUUGUUAAUAACAAAGAAUCAUCAACCAGUGUCAACAAUGUUAAAAACAAUGAAAUUAAACACCUCUUUUCAGGUACCAAAGGUACCACAGGUAUAACUAAAUCAACCAGUGAUAGUACGGGUAAAACAAAUGGUUCAUCAAUAGUUGAUUGUGAUGAUAAUAAAUUUACACAAUCAAAUGAUGAUCUAACCAAAAAUAGUUCGUCAAGUAAUGAGAAUGAAAUUUCACCGACCAGAAGAUUUAAUCAAAAUCUCAACAUCACCAACAACAACAUCAACAGCAUCAACAGUGUUUUCCGAAGUAAAAGAAGUUGCUCUCUUCCAGUUUCACAAGAUUCUUCAUCAACACUUAACCUUGACGGUAAAUAUUUGAAAGAUUCUGUUGAUGGAAGAUUUAAAGAAAAUAAUUCUAAAUCAUCAUCAGCACCAAUUAACCAUAAAAUUAGUGAUAAACCAAGUAUAACUGCUAAACCCUCUUCCAUUAAAAUUGAUCGAACCGAAAGUCGAGUUAGCAGAUUUAACAAUGCUCGAGCUAUUUUCGAGAAACUUCAAUCAUCUUCAUCCGAAAGUACAACACAACAAAACACUGGACCAAACACCUUAAUGAGAACCUCAAGAUCCAGUUCACCCAAUGGAAGCUUUGAGAGAUUAUGUUCCAGAAAAACCUCUUUAUCUGAAGAGGUUUUUACCUUAAAAGAGGCUACAGGAUUUAAUGGAAAUCAUGUAAACUCAGUAACAUCAAAUCAGAAACAAAUUACCAACAAGGUAACAACAGUGAUAUCUUCCUGUGAAAGGAAAAGUACAGCUCCAUCAAUAAUUGGUGCUACGAGUAUUUCAUCAACUGUCAACUCGAACAAUCAAUUAGAAAAUAACACCAACAUUACCACAAAUAGUGAGUCAGUACAAAGAUCUAGUAAAAGUCCACCACCAAAGCCGACGUUUAUUUUACCUUCCAAAAUAAGAGAGAUACAACGAUCGGCAUCAGUACCAACAAAUGGAGGACCACCAACGAUUCCCAGUCCAUCGAAUAAUAAUAAACCAGUACCAGCGGCUAAAAUGGCAGAAUACUCUUUGUUUGUCAAUAAACGUACUUCCGGUACAAUGGAAAAUAGUGACCUGAUAAGCGGGAGUGAAGAGAAGCCAAAACAGGCUCAACCACCACCACAACCAAAAAUUAUAAUAUCAGCAAUUAAACCUGUAAAGCCACUCAUCAUUGAUCAAAAGACAAGUGAUCCUGUGAAUCAAGAUAAAGGUAAACAAGUUAAAUCACAAUUAACCGACGAGACGAAAUCAAAGAUUUCAUCAAAAGACGAAUUAAUUGAGAAAAUGAUCACAGCGAUUGCUGAUGAUUCUAUGGUCGUUGAGACUAAAAUUGAUUCGAAAGGUGAACCUGAACUCGACCUGAGUGCUUGCGACACAUCAGGAAUAUCUCAAUUCAUGGAUUUCGAUGAUUGUUUUAAAGAUGUUGAUAUAAUGACUGAAGAAGAAGCUCAGAAACUACUGUCACGAAAAUCUAGAUCACUACUUAAUCCAGACUUGAGAAAUCGUGUCGCUAUUAACAAUGACAAAACUGCAAUCAAUUCUAAUAAUGUAGUUACAUCAUCACUAUCAACUACAUCAUCAGCACCAUCAGUUACCAGCAACAAUACUCCUCGUGACAAUUUAUCUGAUUCAUCAUCGAUAUUAACUGGUGAUGCCUCAUUGGUUGGAUCACAUCGAUUGGGUGGACAACCUUUGCCCCCAGUUCCUUCAACGACCAUGCCUCCUUCUUAUACCAUUUCUCCAGCAGCCAUUUCAUCAUUGACAUUAAUCGAGACCGCCACUAGUACAGGUAAAUUUGAUGAAAUGAACGGUGGUGAAGCAUCAGCUAUAGCUGAUUUAAAAUCAUUUGAAAAUCAAGCUGAAACCUGCAAUGUUUAUGAAUCAACUAUCUCACCUGAGAUCAACUUGAUUACCGAUGUCCACUUAUCUUCAGAUAAACGUAUUUCCUGUACAUCGGAAGGUAGGGACUUGAGAGGUGACAGUGAAAAUAAGUUCAACCAGCAAACUCUCAAACAGGCUCAGACAACACAGCCGAAAAUUUUAACAUCAGCAGUUAAACCUGUAAAGCCACUAAUCAUUGAGCAAAAGACAAGUGAUCCUGUGAAUCAAGAUAAAGGUAAACAAGUUAAAUCACAAUUAACCGACGAGACGAAAUCAAAGAUUUCAUCAAAAGACGAAUUAAUUGAGAAAAUGAUCACAGCAAUUGCUGAUGAUUCUAUGGUCGUUGAGACUAAAAUUGAUUCGAAAGGUGAACCUGAACUUGACCUGAGUGCUUGCGACACAUCAGGAAUUUCUCAAUUCAUGGAUUUCGACGAUUGUUUUAAAGAUGUUGAUAUAAUGACUGAAGAAGAAGCUCAGAAACUACUGUCACGAAAAUCUAGAUCACUACUUAAUCCAGACUUGAGAAAUCGUGUCGCUAUUAACAAUGACAAAACUGCAAUCAAUUCCAAUAAUGUAGUUACAGCUCCAACAUCAACAACAACAACAGUCACCAACAAUUCUCGUGACAAUUUAUUUGAUCCAUCAAUAUCAGCUGAUGAUCCAACACCAAUUUUAUCCCAUCGAUUGGGUGGACAUCCUUUGCCACCAGUUCCUAUAACAUCAUCUAACAUUUCCUCCGCUGCCAUUUCAUCUAUAACACUAGUCGAGGCCACUAGCACAGGUAAUUUUGAUGAAAUGAACGGUGGAGAAGCAUCAGCUGAGGCCGAUCUCAAAUCAUUUGAAAAUCAAACUGCAAAUUGUAUUGUCUAUGAUUCAAAUAACUCACCUGAGCUCAACUUGUUUCCCGAUGGUCAUUAUUACUCUGAAAAACCAGGUUUACCACCGGACACUGAUGAAUCAGAUGAUAUUUACUCUCAGGUGCCUAGAAAGAAGCCAUCAAAGGUAAAAUUCAGCACCGAUCCAAUUAAAGUGUACAAUACCCAUUCAGUUGAUGAUUAUGAUCGUCGUAAUGAAGACGUUGACCCGGUAGCAGCAUCAGCUGAAUAUGAACUCGAAAAGAGGAUUGAAAAAAUGGACGUUUUCCCGGUGGAAUUAGAAAAAGGUCCCGAUGGAUUAGGUUUAUCAAUAAUUGGAAUGGGAGUAGGUGCCGAUGCUGGUCUCGAAAAAUUAGGAAUAUUUGUUAAAACAAUUACCGAAAAUGGUGCAGCUCAUAAGGAUGGAAGAAUUCAAGUCAAUGAUCAAAUAAUCGAAGUUGAUGGAUUAUCUUUGGUCGGUGUUACCCAAGCUUAUGCUGCUUUAGUCCUUCGAGGAACCAAUGGAUUAAUUAAGUUUCUAAUUGGCCGUGAACGUGAUCCAGAAAACAGUGAGAUCGCUCAACUAAUAUCACAAUCAAUUGAAGCUGAGAAAAGGCAACAGGAUCAACAGAAAAUACUCUAUCAUGAAUUAUACGCUUUGGCCCCCUGAUCAACUUUACAAUCAACCAAAUCAUAAUAAUCAUAAAGAAAUCAUAUGUGAUUUAAUCUGCUACUUGUUUACAAUAAACAAAAUCCAAUUUACCAAUAA